AUGUGUAUCCUGUGCUCGAGCGAGCCUGUGGAAGGCGACGUACGCAAGAACAACCCUGGCGCGUUCCACGUGGGCAUGAUGAAGGCCCCGGGCGCCGACCCCCUGUGCUGUUUGAGCUCGUGUCUGUGUCCGUGCUGUGCACAGGUUGUGAUUCGUCGCAAGGCGCUCAACUACGACAUGAGCAACUAUACCUGCUGUCAGGGCUACAUGGACGGGAUCGUGCCUUGUGCGCGUUCUGGUCAGUGUGGCGAGUCAAGCUGCCCCAAUUUCUGCCUGUGUCUUGAGGCCUUUUGUUGCAACGGCUGUGCCGUGUCUGCUACACGGAUGCUGGUCAUGGACCGCUACAGUCUGCAGCCGGACAAGUGGGACAAUCGUAUCAUUCGAUGCAACAAUUGUAUCCAGUUGGUCAGCUGCGUCUGCAGUCUGUUGUCCAUCUGUAUCUCGGAGCUUGGCGAGCUCGCAAACAUCCUGCACUGCGUCGCGCAGUGCACGUACGCGACCACGCAAGGAUGUAUGACUGCGCAAGUGAAUGUGGAGCUUCGCGAGCGCGAGAAGGUUUUUGAGGUGGUGGACGAGACCAUGGACCGUGUCUGA